AUGCAGUAUCUGCAAAUCCGCGUUUAUCUAGACGGCUACAAUGUUUUAAAUAAUGUCUAUGAUAAAGAUUUUGUAAAGAGUCUACAAGAGGACACCGAUCAACACUCUAUAUUGUGGAAACUUGUUCACUGUAUCAGUUCAUCAAUUGGCGCGGAUGCGUACAGAGUGUUUAAAAUUUUUCCAGAUCAAUCUAACUUUGUGCAAUACUUCACCACAGAAACAAAUGAAAAACUGUUUAAUCCAACACGUUUGGUUCGGACAUAUUCUAAACAAGUUAUUCUGGUGCCCGAAGCGGCGAAGAGAGCCACUCCAUGGCGCAUAUCCCGAGACGAUUUUCCAGUAAACUUUCCCGAGACACCAAAUUCAUUGUUAAAAGUGUUUGGAAUUGAUAGUGAGAAAGAUGCAAAUUAUAUACUAUACCUACCAAUUUUAACUGCAACCGAAAAAACAGCGUAUAUGAUAGAAAUGUGGCGUGUGGAUAAAAUUUUCACCGACAAAGACGAAGAGAUUUGUUCAAAUUUCCUCGUAUGGGGAAGUUUGGCGUUACAUUACUGCAAUUUGUAUCUAGACAAAAAACGAGAACAAAGCAUGUCUGAUUUUCUUCUGGAUGUUGUAAAAGCUGUUUUUGAAGAAAUGGUUUCAUUAGAUCAAUUAAUUAAGAGAAUUCUCGAACUUGCUCAGAGGCUUGUGAAUGCUGAUAGAGCAUCUCUCUUCCUUGUAGAUUACAAAAAUUAUGAGCUAGUGUCGACCGUAUUUGAUUUAAAAUUUGAACCUGGGCAAAGUCGAAAUAUGGAAAAGAAAGAAAUUCGCAUGCCCACGAAUAGAGGAAUUGCUGGACAUGUUGCUUUGUCUGGAGAAACAAUGAAUAUUCCAGACGCAUAUUCUGAUUAUAGAUUCAACAGAGAAGUUGACGAAGCUACUGGCUACAAGACAAUAAGUAUAUUAGGUAUGCCGAUAAAAGUACAAGGUAAAGUUAUUGGUGUAGUACAGAUGGUGAAUAAAAGAAACCAUGACAAUUUUGAUCGCGACGAUGAAGUGACUUUUGAAAUAUUCUCAACAUUUUUUGGAAUGUUACCAAAUACUAAGCCAUUUUAUACAAUGGUUUUAAGAAAUCUUAAUAAAUGGAAAACUAAAGCAGAUCGUAUACUUAAGAAACAGGGAAAAAAUUUGGAAAAAGAAAUACACCAAUUGGAUAUAAAAGAAGUCACUUCAGAUUCUGAGACAGAUGAAUACAAUGAUACCGAAGAAAGUACUGAUGAAGAGUUGAAAGAAAAAGAUUCUCUAGAACCUGUUGUCAGUGAUAAAUCUGACAGUGCAGAUGUUAAAACAAUCAGAGACGGAGCCAUAGAGGAUAAAAGUAAUUGCAAAUAA